AUGGGUGAAAUGCUGGUUGGAUGGCCGGGCUCAGAGGCAGUGGCUAAUGGGUUGUACUUUACAGAGCCCCACAGUUCUCUGCUUGUCGCUGGGGUGUCCCCUGUUCAACAUCUUCAUCAGUGGCCUGGAGGAGGCGAUGCAAUGCACCCUCAUCAAAUUCGCAGAUGGGGCAAGUCCAGAUUUGAGUGCAGCUGCGUUUGCUCGGCAAAGAGUGCUUUUAAACAAGAAGGUCACCUUCACGUGGCCGUGCAGGUCUGCCCGGUAUCACCCAGCUCCCGAGAGCAGCGGAGGCUGAGCAAGCCCCAGGACCAAGCAGACUCGAGUCGCCCUGCGUCCGCUCAAAGAUGCGGCAUCUUGGCUUCGUCGCUCGAAGGAAGGAGCAGAGGGCCACCGUCGCGGUUGCAGACGAGUAACCGUCACCGGCUCACAGCGGCCCUGCCUCGUUCGAAACGGGCUGGUGCAAAUAAAGUUCAAGCUCCACGUGCAGUGUCGCCCGCCGCGGGGAACGCUGGCUCUGUGGCUACCGAGCUGCCAGCUGAGAAAUUUGGGAAACAUCAGUGGGAGACAGACCAUGCUAAGAGCAUCCUGUACCAGAUCCUUAACAAAGAGCGUGGAAGUGAGACCAAGUGGCACCAGCAGGAUCGCGGUCCUCACCGCUCCACGGGAAGCAAGGGCUGCUCUUGUAUGGACAGGAGAAGAGUUGUCCUGAAAACACCAGAAGUCACGUGCAGAAGAGCUUCUGAAGUGCUCUUGAAGACUUUAACUUUUAUUAGAAACUUGCCUUCUUUUUAUCACGUGCCUUGGGAGGACCAGCUUGUCCUCAUACAGCAGAACUGGGCCCCUCUUUUUGUCCUGGGCAUGGCACAAGAAGGGGUGGAUUUUGACCUGAGAGAGAUUUCAGCCCCUAGUUUAUUGAAGAAAAUCCUCCUCAAUCAGUCUUUGACAGCUAGCAAUGAACUGGGCAGCUCGUCACUGGGACCAUCUUUAGCAGAAGUUCAGAAGAUGAAGAAUUUAUUGUGGAAAUUCUGGGACCUGGACAUAAGUGUAAAAGAAUAUGCCUAUCUUAAAGGAAUUAUUCUUUUUAAUUCUGGAUGCCAUGUCCUAAAAUGUCUCCCCUAUGUACAAACACUGCAGCAGGAAGCUCAGCAAGCCUUGAUGGAGUUUAUCUCAACUAUGUUCCAUAGAAACCUAGGCAGGUUUGCUUCGAUUCUUCAGCUAAUCGGCUCUCUUCAAGACAUCAAUGCAGAUGCUAUUGAAGAGCUCUUCUUCAGGCCCAUCCUAGGACAGGCCACCCUAAAUGUAUUACUUCUAGAAACCCUACAUAUCAAGCCAGACUAG